AUGGUGAAUCUGGAAGCCGUGAAGAAGAUUGUUGCUACCGGAAGGGCAAAGCAGCAACCAAUGUCCUUUAAAGACCUCCUGUAUCAAUACAGGCUUCCAAGAGCAGGUGAGGUCUUCAGAGGUACGCUCAUUUUGUUGAGGGAGCGCGACUUGUUGGACAAGAAUGCUUCGCUGAGCAAGGUAUGCCCUUCUGGUACAGUUCAUGAUCCUGCUGUUCGACCUGGCAGCUGUGCGGAGUACCUGGUCUCUCAGCAACCUGAUUUUCUGGCGCAGAAGAAUAUGUUGGAGACUGUGAUGUUCGAGGCUGGUCACCUCUUUACAUUAUACCCAAAGUAUCACUGUGAGACUAACUGGAUUGAAAGACAUUGGGGUGCAGCCAAAAGAUAUUCACGUAUGAUGAGUGAUUACUCCUUUUAUACUCUGACGUCUAGAAUCCAUGAGUUUCUGGACAAUGAUGAGGUUGUGCACGGUCCUAAAAUCAAUAGACGGUAUUAUAACCGUGCCUAUAGAUGUAUCGAUGCGUAUAGCAAGUGUAAAGAUCAAGAGAGUUCAUACUGGAUCUUCAAGCAACAAGGUAAAGUUAACCACGAGCAAGAAGUCAUGUUCGAAAAACAUGAAUUCAACGUUGGCAACACGCCAUCCACCUCCAUGUCCAAUUCGGCCAUGACAACAAGAUCACCUAUGCUACCUAUGCCUCAUGCAAAUAGGAUGCCCGUCCUUUCGGAUGAUAAUGAUGCUAUGGAUAUAUGCCAAGAGCAAUCUACGAAAAGAGCUAUCCCCAUGCCAGAGUCACCAAUUGCUAAAAGACAAAAGGCAACCAUGCGAACACCACCUGUCGGCACUGUUUUUGGAAAGGCCUUGUAG